AUGGCAGCUUUCAUUGUGAUGGUCAACUACAUGAACUUGGUCCCAGAGCUGGGCCUCCAGAAGAGAGGAUGCUGUCUGGUGCUGGGCUACAUGGCCAAGGACAAGUUUCGGAGAAUGAAUGAAGGCCAAGUCUAUUCCUUCAGCCAGCAGCCCCAGGACCAGGUGGUGGUAUCGGGACAGCCAGUGACGCUACUGUGCGCCAUCCCUGAAUACGAUGGCUUCGUUCUGUGGAUCAAGGACGGCUUGGCUCUGGGUGUGGGCAGGGACCUCUCAAGUUACCCACAGUACCUGGUGGUAGGGAACCACCUGUCGGGGGAGCACCACCUGAAGAUCCUGCGGGCAGAGCUGCAAGACGAUGCAGUGUACGAGUGUCAGGCCAUCCAGGCCGCCAUCCGCUCCCGCCCCGCACGCCUCACGGUCCUGGUGCCGCCUGAUGACCCCGUCAUCCUGGGGGGCCCUGUGAUCAGCCUGCGUGCCGGGGACCCUCUCAACCUCACCUGCCACGCAGACAAUGCCAAGCCUGCAGCCUCCAUCAUCUGGUUGCGAAAGGGAGAGGUCAUCAAUGGGGCCACCUACUCCAAGACUCUGCUUCGGGACGGCAAGCGGGAGAGCAUCGUCAGCACCCUCUUCAUUUCCCCUGGUGACGUGGAAAAUGGCCAGAGCAUCGUGUGCCGUGCCACCAACAAAGCCAUCCCCGGAGGAAAGGAGACGUCGGUCACCAUUGACAUCCAGCGUGAGUACCCACCCCCUCCCCCAACCCAGCCCUGCCAGGCCCAGGGUGAAACACCCAGCAACUCUGCUUAUAGCCUGGCCCAUCUGAUGGCAGGCAAUGGGUCAGGCAGCUCUGUGGAUCGGCCAGCUCGUAGGUGGGCCAAGCGGGGCCAGAUCAUCAAGGAGGCAUCUGGAGAGGUGUACAGGACCACAGUGGACUACACGUACUUCUCAGAGCCUGUCUCCUGCGAGGUGACCAAUGCCCUGGGCAGCACCAACCUCAGCCGCACGGUUGACGUCUACUUUGGGCCCCGGAUGACCACAGAACCUCAAUCCUUGCUCGUGGAUCUGGGCUCUGAUGCCGUCUUCAGCUGCGCCUGGACCGGUAACCCAUCCCUGACCAUCGUCUGGAUGAAGCGGGGCUCUGGAGUGGUCCUGAGCAAUGAGAAGACCCUGACCCUCAAAUCCGUGCGCCAGGAGGACGCGGGCAAGUACAUGUGCCGGGCUGUGGUGCCCCGUGUGGGAGCCGGGGAGAGAGAGGUGACCCUCACUGUCAAUGGACCCCCCAUCAUCUCCAGCACCCAGACCCAGCACGCCCUCCACGGCGAGAAGGGCCAGAUCAAGUGCUUCAUCCGGAGCACACCGCCGCCGGACCGCAUCGCCUGGUCCUGGAAGGAGAACGUUCUGGAGUCGGGGACAUCGGGGCGCUACACGGUGGAGACCAUCAGCACCGAGGAGGGCGUCAUCUCCACCCUGACCAUCAGCAACAUCGUGCGGGCCGACUUCCAGACCAUCUACAACUGCACGGCCUGGAACAGCUUUGGCUCCGACACUGAGAUCAUCAGGCUCAAGGAGCAAGGUUCGGAAAUGAAGUCGGGAGCCGGGCUGGAAGCAGAGUCUGUGCCGAUGGCCGUCAUCAUUGGGGUGGCCGUAGGAGCUGGCGUGGCCUUCCUCGUCCUUAUGGCAACCAUCGUGGCCUUCUGCUGUGCCCGUUCCCAGAGAAAUCUCAAAGGUGUUGUGUCAGCCAAAAAUGAUAUCCGAGUGGAAAUUGUCCACAAGGAACCGGCCUCUGGUCGGGAGGCUGAGGAGCACUCCACCAUCAAGCAGCUAAUGAUGGACCGGGGUGAAUUCCAGCAAGACUCAGUCCUGAAACAGCUGGAGGUCCUCAAAGAAGAGGAGAAAGAGUUUCAGAACCUGAAGGACCCCACCAAUGGCUACUACAGCGUCAACACCUUCAAAGAGCACCACUCGACCCCAACCAUCUCCCUCUCCAGCUGCCAGCCCGACCUGCGUCCUGCGGGCAAGCAGCGUGUGCCCACAGGCAUGUCCUUCACCAACAUCUACAGCACCCUGAGCGGCCAGGGCCGCCUCUACGACUACGGGCAGCGGUUCGUGCUGGGGAUGGGCAGCUCGUCCAUCGAGCUUUGUGAGCGGGAGUUCCAGAGAGGCUCCCUCAGCGACAGCAGCUCCUUCCUGGACACGCAGUGUGACAGCAGCGUCAGCAGCAGCGGCAAGCAGGACGGCUACGUGCAGUUCGACAAGGCCAGCAAGGCUUCUGCCUCCUCCUCCCACCACUCCCAGUCCUCGUCCCAGAACUCUGACCCCAGUCGGCCCCUGCAGCGGCGGAUGCAGACUCACGUCUGAGGAUCACACACCGCGGGUGGGAUGGGCCAGGGAAGAGGGCAGGGCAGGUUCCAGUUGUCCAGGGACGCGGGGUACUUUGCAGAGGACCGCAGAACUGGCCACCUCCAGGACAGCCUCCCAGCACCUCUGCCACCGCCUUCCUUCGAAGCUCUGAUCAAGCACAAAUCUGGGUCCCCAGGUGCAGUGUGCCAGAGGUGGGCGGGUGCGGAGACAGACAGAGGCCGCGGCCGAGUGCGCUGUGCUCAGUGCUGGACACCGUGUCCCCGGCCCUUUCCUGGAGGCCCCUCUACCACCUGCUCUGCCCACAGGCACAAGUGGCAGCUAUAACUUUGCUUUCACGAAACUGCGGUCCACUCUGGUCUCUCCGUGGGCUCUGCCCCUCGCUGACCACAAGCCCUCCCUAGCCCUGUGCCUGUGCUCCCACACAGCCCUGGGGAGAAGGGGAUGAGGUCUUCCCAGCACUAAGCUGCCCCAAAAAGCCCGGCUCCCCACUGCUGCUCAGAGCCCAUACCCUGGAGGCUGAGAAGCCAGAAAUGGCCUUGGCUAAAGGAGCCUCUCCCUCACCAGGAUGGCCAGGAGCCCACCCUCAAUUUGCUUGGUGUUUUGUGUCCAUACUCGUGCAGUUCUGUCCUUGGACUUCAUGCCUCUGAACUCUGCGGGGGGACGGGCCCCAUCAGAGCCUGGUGCACUGCGGGGAGGGAGGGAGGAGGGAGCCUGUGCUUACGGAGCACCUCACCUGGCGUGCCCCUGCUGGGCUGUGUGACCCCAGCCUCCCCACCCACCUCCUGCUUUGUGUACUCCUCCCCUCCCCCUCAGCACAAUCGGAGUUAAUAUGAGAAGUGCGGGAGCUCCUCUGGUUGGGAUUCUCUGAACAGUUAUGGAGAGAGUGCUUCCUGCGAGGUGUGGCAUUUGAAGGGGCUGGAGGGCAGGUCUUUAAGAUGGCAAGACUGCCCUUCUCAGCUGAUAAACACAAGAACGACGAUCCUGUCCUCAGUAAGGCUCCACGAGAAGAGAGGAAGUACAUCUACACCUCACCCCUCCCAGUCACCACCUGAGAAUAAAUGUUAGGGA